AAUGUAGCUCCAUAAAAUAGAUCAAAUACCCCUUGCCUCGGUAUUUUGUGACCAUUUUCAAAGUUUAUGUCAUUCUGGUAAAUACUUUUACGCUUACAAGUCAAUGUGGACUGAAAAAAAGUUGUUUUGACUUUUUUUAAAACACGACACCAAUCACUGAAUGUGUUAUUUUUAAGCUUGUGGUUUGUUCUGGAACGAAAAAGCAGCAGCAUUAUCUUCAUAGCCGUCUGUCUUAUCUCCCUGGAUGUCUUUGACAUAUAAGGCUGCAGCCGUCAACCCGCAGCCUGACGCUUCUUUCCCAAAAUAAUCCGACAGCAGCUGCGCCCUGUGCGGCGCGACGCUGCGACAUAUCCGCUGCCAACAAUGACCAAAUUCAACUACGCCGAUUAUUUAUCGCAGUUCCGAAACGCUGGACGUAAAUGCGGAGAUGAUCCGCGGCGCGGAGGAUCUCCAGAACCCCCGGAGGAUGCUGACCCGGUGUUUUCUGCCGUGAGGCGCGGAGAUGUGGAAACCCUGAAGGAACUGGCAGCAUCUUCCUCCCACAGCCUGCUGAAGGAAAACAAAGACGGGUGGCUUCCUCUGCAUGAUGCUGCCUAUUCUGGCCAGACGGGGUGCCUCGAGACUCUGUUGAAAGCCCAUCCAGGCUCAGUGGACAAGCGGACGCUGCAGGAGCAGACUGCGUUGCUGCUGGCCGUGUCCUGUGAACAGCUGCCCUGCGUCCAGUCUCUUCUGGAGUCAGGCGCCGACCCCGACAUCUGCAGCAGCAACAAAGAGACUCCUUUGAAUAAAGCUUGUGAACUGGAAAAUAUGAACAUGGUGAACAUUCUUCUGUCUCACGGUGCCUCUGUGAACCAGCGGUGCAGUCAGGGCUGGACGGCCCUCCAUGAGGCCGUUUCCAGAGAAAACACGGAGAUCUGUGAGGUUCUGAUCCGAGCCGGAGCCACAAUCAAUCCAGCAAACACCUACAGCAUCACACCGCUCACUGUAGCAGCUCAGCGAGGCCUGAAGAGGGCGCUGUGCUACCUCACUGAGAGAGGUGCAGAUGUGAACAUGCAGACAUGUGAUGGUGUCACAGCGCUGCAUGAAGCCAGUAGGAACGGACACCAGGAAGUUGUUGCUUUACUCCUCUCUAAAAAUGCAGAUGCCAACAUUUCUGAUAACUCUGGGCUGCUGCCUCUGCACGUUGCUGCCCAGUCUGGACACCAUGAGAUUGUUUCUCUACUGGUCUCCGCUACAAGCCGCGCCAAGCUGCGCCACAGCUGGAUCAGCCCGCUGCACCUGGCAGCGCAGCAUGACCGCCACGCAGCGGCCGCCGCACUGCUGAAAACGGGCGCAGACGUGAACGCCAUUCUGGCGCACAGCCGCUCCGUCCAGUACGAGGACCGACGCGCCACCGCUCUCUACUUCGCCGUCGCCCACCGCAGCAAGAGGACGGCAGAAGUGCUGGUGAACGCCGGCGCAAACCUGAGCCUGGAUCCGGUCAGCCCUCUGCUGAUGGCGGUGCGUCAGGGCUGCGUCAGCACUGUGACGCUGCUGCUGGAGCGAGGCGCGGACCUGAACGCCACGCUCCCGUCUUUGGCGACCACAUUCCCAGCUCUGAUUGCGCUCAGCAGGAAUAAUCUAGCUGUGCUGAAGUGCCUUUUGGACCACGGCUGUGACACACAGGCCUGUUUCACCUGUACGCACAGUGCUGCGCCCCACCCUCCAUCCGGAGGAUCCGACAUAAGAACUGCUGGCGGCCAUGACCGUCUACCUCCUUUAAGCUGUGAUGAAAGGCCAGAGCGGGCGACACAGUUCUGCGAGUGGAUCUCAACCCCAGCUAUGUGUAAAUGGGCCGGCCCGGUCGUAGACCUGCUGCUGGAGUAUGUCGGCCAUGUUCAGCUUUGCAGCCAACUCUCUGCGCUCCUGGACAGCAGAGACGAAUGGCGCGCCAUCAAAAGGAAGUCAUUGUCACCACGUCCACUUCAGCACCUUUGCAGAUUAAGGAUUUGGACUCAGAUGGGGAGAAACAGGAAAUCUGUUACAAGUUUGCCUCUGCCAAACAGACUAAAAACAUAUCUGAGUCCUGAUGGCUGAUUUCAAACAGAUAAACCUCAGAUUUUAGUCUUUUUAUGCACCACUAUAUUUAUCUUCCUUUUUCUUUUUUUAGUCGCAUCUUCAAUCUGUUAUGUUUAAAUAUCUAUUUAUACUUGAAGCGAUGUGACAGCAAGGCCUUUUAAUCUGUCAUUUACGUUGUGCUUUUAAGAGACCUUCAGAGACGGCUGCCAAAAGGAUUUCUUGAGGGAAUUUGAGUCUUUUAUGUAUCAUUUUUUAUAAAUCAUUUUGGCAAACAUUACCUGACAAAGACAGAUUUUUGUUGUUAAAAGGGGAAACUGUGACAGCACACAAGUACAAAAAACAUUUUCUUUCUCUGUGGAUACAGAGUGAAAAUAAACAUAAAGGUGAAGC